AAAUUACAAAAAAAAAUAACUAUGAGCCUAAAAAUCUUUUUUUUUCCUAUUUUAUUAACAUUGAUUGGAGCUGGAGUUUACUUCACUUAAUUAUAAAAGACAGAUCUUAAGAAUCUUGUACCAGUUACCUUAUCAUAAUAUGAAAAAUGCUUAAACAAUAAUAUUCCCACCGAUUCUUGCACUUAAUCUUAAGUAUACUAAGAAUAUCUUCAAGCCUUCGUUGAAACAACAAUGAGUGAAACAGCUUCAGAUGAUUGUAAUAAAGUCAAGGAUAUUAUUAGAUAAGGCAAUCCUGAUGCUUAUAUUAAUGAAAAUAAUUAUUUCUUUAAAUGCUAUAUUAAUGAUCACAUCAGAAAAUUUGCUAACACCAACUAGUGCUUCUUCAAAACUUUCUAUGCUCCCAAUUAUCUUAUUUGUGGAGGAUUUGAUAUCUAUGCUUUCCCUCCUUAUACUUCAUAUGAUAUUAAUAAUUGA